AUGUUCUUCAAUGCAGGUCUUGCUCCUAUGUUUUCCCUUAUGUACCCUAAUCUAUGCAUCAAUAGCAAUUUUUGGUACUUGAUGUUUGGUCCAAAAGUACAGUCACAGAUUACAUUAAACCUUCCAACCCAUAAAAUUAGCUCAAGAGUGGCAAUUUAUGCCACCCUGAUCAAUCCCAUAUCAAAAUAUCCACUGAUGGUGACACCAAUUCUCAAUACUGUUGAAAAUCCGUUGAGGUCUUACAGCAACACAAGACCCCUGAGAUUUGUGAUCAGCACUAUCUUGGUUAUCAGCACCAUCAUUGUAGCCCUGACCAUCCCCUUUUUCGGGUAUCUCGUGUCACUUGUUGGAGCACUUCUAAGUGUCGCUCUUUCAACUUUAUUUCCAUGCUUGUGA